CCAGAAUAGAAGAAGAGAAAAAAAGAAAAAAAACGCGAAUAAAGGAUUCUCAUCCAGAGAUACAAUCUCAUCCGUCGGGUAACGUGAUAGCACGAUAAGAAUAAUUGUUGUGUACUUACUCGAUCGGUGUCUCUUCUCUUUAGUAGAAGAAGAGAGAACCAGGGAGAAAGUAAACCCUCAGAAAAAACAAAUCCUAGAUUUCAGACAUUACUAUUAUAUAAUUAGGGAUUUUUCUCAAUUCCAAUCAACUUAAAAUUUUGAUAUCAUCGUCAUGAAUUUCUUCAAAUCACUAUUAUUAGAUGAAGUAGAAGAAUCAUCAUCAUCUGAUUUAGAAUCAGAUCAGAAUCCAAAUUCUGAAUCCCCCAAAUCUAACCCAGACCAAGAAUCACAAAAAAGGAUCGAUCUUGAUGAUCAUUAUCAAGAAGAAGAAGAAGAAACUGAAACUGAUGAGAACCCUGGUAUGGGUUGGAAUUUCGGUGGAUUAAUCAAAAACAUUGCAACAAAAUCAGAAUCAGUACUGCAAACGUACAAAAAAGAUUUAUCAGAUUUUAGUUCUGGUUUGAAGAUUGAAACUUCAAUGCUACGUGAAGUUGCUAGCAGAGUUGUGAAAGAACUUCCAACAACAUUUGAAUCGGGCACAUCUGUUGCUACUGAGUCGCUUGAAUCGGUUGGACAAGCUAUUGAUGAUUUUGGGAGUUCUGUUUGGAGAGGAACAGCUGAGAUUAUCUCUCAAGGUAAAGAAACCCUUCUAUCAAAUUCUGAUUUUGAUGAAAAUUCUUCUGAUAAUUUACAAUUUAGUUCUAAUUCAAUGAAUGCUUCGAUGAAUUCCAAGAAGUAUAAUAGAUUUGAAGCUCAAUUAUAUGCAAUACAAACUGAUUUGAAAACAUAUUGUGAAAACCCUGAGGAUGUGGAUGAUUUUGAGGGUUGGAAAACGGGGUUUGUAUUGGGGGAAAAGAGUGAAGAGAUUGAGAGUUUGUUGAAUGAGAAUGAAGUAAUGGAAAGGAUUUAUACUAGAAUUGUACCUGGUGAAGUUGAUGAUGGGACAUUUUGGUAUAGAUAUUUUUAUCGCGUUUAUAAGCUUAAACAAAUUGAAGAUGCUAGAGCUAAUCUUGUUAAGAGAGCUAUAGAAGGUGAUGAAGAAGAGGAUUUGAGUUGGGAUGUGGAUGAUGAUGAUGAGGAGGUGGAUGAAGGGAUUAAGUUGCCGGUUGUGAAUGAGGAAUUGACAGAAAAUGUUAUUGAUGGAUCACGUGCUGGGAAUGAUGUUGAGUCUUCUGCAGAGGUUGCAGAGAACAAGAGUUUGGUUGUGGAAUCGACGAGUGACAAUGUGUCAGAUGAGAAAAGGGUUGUUAUUGAAGGAAGUUCCGAAUUGAAUAAUGAUGAUUUGGUUGAGAAAGUUAAUGAAAAGUUGGUCAUUCAAGGGAAGUCCGACACUGGUGGUGAAUCUGGAAAGGAUAGUGAUUUUUCAGUUGUUUCAAGUCAACCUUCAUUACCUGAUGAAGAAGAAGAUCUCAGUUGGGAUGAAAUUGAAGAUGUGGGAGACGGUGGUGAGAAGAAAGUGAGUGCUGAUGGGAGAGCUAGUUUGGCUAAGCGGUUAACUGUUGCUGAUGACGAUGAAGAUCUGAGUUGGGAUAUUGAGGAUGAUGAUGACGAGACAGUGAAAUCUUGAUCUCUGGAAUACAAAACAUCUAAUACAUAGAAAUCAUUGUGGGUUAACUUAUUUCUCUUUUUUUAAUGCAUUUAUCUUGAAAGAAAAAUUGUUUAGUUGCGAAAACUGGCAACCAUUGUGUUUCUUUAGGUGGUAUAUAGUGUGAAUAGUCAUCUUUGUAUAUGUGAAUAAUUGAAUUUGAAUCUACUCACAAAUGAAUAUGAUUCAGUUCGAUGCCAGUGUUUUGCUUUUUAUUUCUGAUAUUGAUCCAGUUUGCUUGUGGUA